CUUACCCACUCAGGUUCAAUUGCUGGGCCCUGCAGGUAAUGCGUGUUUCUCGCUUGCGGUUCAAAUCAGUUGGAGGAGCCCGCUCUCUUGGGAGCCGCCACGGGAGGCACCACGGCGGAGACGACGGACGUACUAACAUACCAAGUGGCCGUGGUGCGGUGCCGUGAUGAGGAACGUUCUGAAGUGGACAUGCCUGCUGUUGCUUGUCGGCACGCCACAUGCUGAAGGUCACAGUCCUCCAGGGAAGCCCACACUGACCAGCUGUCGCUCCCCAGAAAAAGAGACCUUCACUUGCUGGUGGCAGCCGGGCACAGACGGCGGACUUCCCACCACGUAUGCUCUGUACUACCGCAAAGAAAACUCCGAUGCGGUGUACCAAUGUCCUGACUAUGUCACGGCGGGGGAGAACUCGUGCUUCUUUAACAAGAACGACACGUCCAUCUGGGUCAACUACAACAUCACGGUCGUGGCCACCAACAGGCUGGGCAGCACCUUCUCCGACCCUGUGGACAUCGACGUGGUCUAUAUUGUCCAGCCCAAUCCGCCAGAGAACGUGUCGCUGACCAUCAUGCAGGACAAAGGUUGGCCCUUCCUCCGGGUGGCGUGGCAGCCGCCCCGCAAGGCCGACACACGCUCCGGCUGGAUCACGCUUAUCUACGAAAUUGGCAUCAGGCUGGAGCAUGAAAACGAGUGGGAGACACACGUGGCGGGCCAGCAGAAGCUGUUUAACAUUUUCAGUCUGCGGUCGGGCGGCGCUUACCUCGUUCAGGUGCGCUGCAAGCCCGAUCACGGCUUUUGGAGUGAAUGGAGUUCUGCUUCCCGCAUCCGUUUUCCUGAUUAUUUCCAUCGAGAGAAGUCAACGUGGAUCGUCAUCACGGUGUUUUGUUUCUUCAUCUUCCUCAUCGUUACAUGGUUGUUGCACGUGAACAGUCACAGAAGCGUGAAGCACUGCCUUCUGCCGCCUGUCCCUGGUCCUAAAAUAAAAGGAUUCGAUCAGCAACUUCUUAAGAACGGCAAGUCCGAAGCUAUCUUCAGCGCACUGGUAGUGUCUGAUUUCCCCCCGAGGUCAUCAUCAAACUACGAGGACCUUCUAGUGGAGUACUUGGAGGUGUAUGUGCCAGAGGAGCAGCAGGUGAUCCUGGAGGAAAGCAAGGAGCUCCAUAGCAGUUGCUUCAAAUCAGAGAGCUCCACAUCCGACAGUGACUCGGGGCGGGGAAGCUGUGACAGCCACACCCUCCUAAUAGAUAAAGGGGGUCAGUCUAAAGAGAACGAGGACCGUCCAGUGAGAACCGAGGACCAGGUGGAAGCUGAAGACUGGGAGGAGGAGGGGUCGGACGCUAAAGAAGACAUGGGUGGUGUAGAUGUUCCCAGUGGAGGGAGGGUGAAGACCUGGCCGUCGGUGUUCACGAGCCCAUCGGACCAGCAGAUCUCACGAGAGCACUGCCUCUCCGACAGCAUGAUCAUGAUCACCGAGGGCGUUCUCGGACCGGACCCUUCAAAAUUCUUGUUGAGCACCACAAAGCCGGCAGUUGCACAGCUGAGCAAGUCGGUCAAGUCCCGCAGCGACAUCAACAUCUCCACAUUUGUCCACAAACAGUGGUCCGUGGACAGUGACGGGGUCCAGCCGGUCACGGAGGACACAACGGCGUUCCUGCAGCCAUUCCUGCUCCAGGAACGGGAUUACAGCAAGGUGAAGAGGGUGGGAACCGACAACACGCUGCUGCUCCAGAGAUUGGCGGAUGUGGACGGCUGCGAGGAGCAGACAAUUUCUACUGGGAUUGAUCUUAAGACCAACCCCGUCUGUAUGGACGCCACUGUGCCAGGACAGGAGGCAACAAGCGCUUAUGUUGACACUGCUGCCAUUUUCCCAAUGCCAACUCACUGAGCAUCUCCGUAUCGGAUGUCAUGUGACCUCCCUUAGGUUUUUUAACAUCCAUCUCUGAUUUUGAGAUGACUGCAGGCUUUGUGUCAAAAUGACCAUAUUCAUCCAAGGAUACAAAAAUACAAGACGACCCCCUUAUAAUAUCGGGGUGGGUACGGCACGAGUCAGGGGUGUCACCCCAAGUCCUGGUAUAGGUCUUACACAUUUCAUGUCAUUCUUAGUCUAUUUGAGUGUUUCAGGUCAAAAAUACGUUUUAUGUCACUUAAAGCAGGGGUGUCAAAAUUUGCGGCCGGCGGCUUGUUUAUUAUUGGUCCGCGGCACAUUAUAGAUAUGAAAUGAAAGAAACAAAACAAACCCCAGCAAGUAUCGGAGAAAUGGAGCAAAAAGGCAAAUGUAAAGAAAAAAGCUGACAUUCUGAUACUAAUCAUUUCAUUUUAUUACGUCUUUUUGAUUUUUCCGUAUGCGGCCCUCAGUGGGAAAAGUUGGGACACCUGAUUUGCUCUUUUUUGCUCUAUUUUUCAUUCAGAGACUAUUUUUGUACAGAAGACUACUACCUAUUUAAAUAAUGCAUUCUUUCUAUAAGGGUAUGUGACCAAUUUAUCAAUUUAUUUGAUUUGUCUUGUAUUUAUUGCACGCUUCUGUGUAUAGCUCCAAUGUAUUGUAAACUGAAAUCAAUGGACUUCGAUGGGCAGUGGAACAAAAUCUAAAGAAUAAUAUACGGUACAAUAUUUAAAAAAAUGCAUACAUUUUGUUCUGAAAUAGGAAUGGGCGAUAUGAUCUAAAAUGCAUAUUGCAGUAUACAUUGUAGCCUCUUGCAAUAACCGGAUUGCAAAUAAAUAAAGGAACUGAGAAGCCCAUAAAAA